AUUAAGUGUUCAGUCUCUGUAAUAAAAUAUUAAGCUCAACAGUGUUCAACACUGCACUGAGGUCUAGCAGAGUAAGCACAGAGUGCUUGGUCACUGACAAAGGACCUCACCAAUACCACAUUAUUUCCAAGCUGUAACAGAAAGUGCUACCAAUAAUUUUUAAUGGAUUUUUCAUGGCUUCAUUUUGUUCCUUUUGACUGAGGUAUGCAAGACUCAGUCAGAACAGUGACAGUUAAAAUAAAGAGAAUUGAUAACCCCUGUUGUGAUACCCAGACAAAACCUGUUUGCAAAACUUUUGUCAUUUUGUCUGUUUUGUCUUUGACUUCAGCCAUGCACUCCAGUCCAACCCCACCUCCUCUUUACCUGAGCCUCCUUCUCUUUCUGUCAUGGAACUCCCCAGUUCUUUCCUGUAUGACAGUGAACAACAGCAAGUGUGAGUCUGCUCCAUUUGUACCAGGCCACAACCUGAUUGGGGAGGGAUUUGAUGUCAUCACCCUGCACCGAAAAGGAGCCUACCUGAUUGAUAUAGCUACUUACCGCAAACCAGAUGGCACCUGUACUCUCUGCACCAACCGCAAUCAAAACAAAACUCUACAAAAACUGCCGGCCUCUGUUGUCGACUGGCGUGCAAUCAGCCAAUGCAAAACCGAUAUCUCCAGCAGUGCACACACCACUGUUAGUUCACUACUUAACUCUAACACUGAUCAGGACAUCCACGACUGGAAGGCUGGACUAAAUAUAAAUCCCAAAUCUACCAGCGUGGGGAUUGGAGGAACACACUCCAUGGCAUAUGCAUUUGCUACAAAAAGGACCAAAGAGGACCACUACUCCUUCAGCACACACACGGUCACCUGUACUCACUAUCGUUACCGGGUAUCAAGCAGACCGACUCUUAGCUCUGAGUUCAGCAGGGAUGUGGCCAGUUUGCCAAGUCGCUAUAACUCCUCCACCAGAGAUCAGUACAACGAGGUCAUAGAUACCUACGGCACACAUUACAUUCGCAAGGUUCGUCUUGGUGGCCGUCUUAGACGAGUCACAGCUGUACGAACCUGUUUGUCCAGACUAAACGGAUUCUCCUCAAAUGAGUUACACUCCUGCCUGUCGAUGGGUGUCUCCAUUGGCUUGGGAAAGCUGAAUCCAUCUGCUGUCCAAGGUUCUUGCAAAAACCUCCUGGAAAACCGGGAUGUUGCCACUAGGUAUAGCUCUGGUCUCCACCAACACUAUACGGAUGUGGUGGGAGGUGAUGGGUGGUUGGGAGAGUUUUCACUUGCAUAUGAUGACUCCCUGGGUUUUAAAAACUGGCUGAACAGUCUGAAGGAUCAUGCAGAUGUUGCUUCCUACUUCAUUCGCCCAAUGUAUCAGCUGAUACCGAAAGGCACAAAGAAGUCAGGGAUGAAGGCGGCCAUAGAGCAGUACAUAACAGACAAUGAUGUGAGUCAAUCACACAGCCAACAAAAUUGCUGGCGGGGCAAUUCUAACCUAGAUUUCAACUGUUGUCCUCGACAAGCCUGGAGGGGGAAGCUAACUGUGGAAAUCAUCCAGGCCUGGAAUCUGAAAGGAGAUCAUCUUGGCCCAACUGACAGCUAUGUUAAACUGAGGUUUGGUUCCAUCAAUCAUCAGACUCGCAUGAUCGAAUCAAGUUAUCCCCGAUGGAAUGCUUAUUUUGAUCUUGGACAGGUGGACACACACAGUGAUGUGUAUGUUGAAUUAUGGGAUGAGGAUCUGUUCUAUGAUGAUCUUCUGGGAUCAUGUUCCCGGCGUCCAACUCAGGGGACACGUAUAUUUUCCUGUUCAGCUGACAGUGGCAGCUAUGAGUUCAAGACCACUCUGACCUGCGACUCACAUCUCACAGGAGCCUGGUGUCACCAAUAUACACCAUCUGCAUAAUGAGAAAUGCAUUUUGGGGCUGCAUGUCUUUCUCCUAUAAUCAAUUGUGAUAAAUCUGUUGAUCACAUAAGAGUCACAUGACUGAUGGGUUUUUUCUUUCAUUUUCCUCGUAUAUAUAUCGUACAUAUCCAUUUUUUUAAUUUGAUCUUCUUUUCAUUUGUCAUUCAGUUAUUUUUUAUAUUUUAUAUACAUAUGUAGUUUCAUUUUUUUCAGAUUAUACUUGAUUUCAGUUUGUCAAAUACAUGUAACCCUUUUGUUUACCUUCUCAAACAAAUAAAAAAAGCAGGGUAAUGUUAAAUU